AUGUCUAUACCCGACAAUCCAUUCUCCACCACUCAGAACUCAUCCUCAGAACCAUCCUCUGCAUCUUCGUCCGAGGCGAGGGUGCCACAAGCUCCCUCCAGAUCGCCUCCAAGGUUACCACCGCUCGACCUCCCAUCCCAGAAUGUGAUAUCGCAUACCGAGACACAAUCACCUUCACCUACUUAUACACCUGGGGGCUCUGUGCUCCAACAUCCUGGCGAGGCUAGACCUACCAGAAUGGACAGACAUGUCCAAUUCAAUAGUAAACAUCGGAUAAAUUCUGUGGGCAUGGAACCCCUUCGACCUCCUGCGCCAAGCUCGCCUCAGGGAUUAUCCGCCUCCAACCUCGAGAAAAUUGAUAGUGCUCUACAAAGACACAAGACCAAGACGAUGCAGAGGAGACGUCCGCCGAGGGAGCUGAGAAAUACCAACAGAGGUGGAGAAGACGAUGACGAUUAUGACUAUCGUCUGGACGUUGACCCUCCGAUGGAUCUGGGUAGAGUGACAUCUCCUUCAAACCCGUCGGUUGCACGUGAGACGGAAGAAGGAGCUACUUUGCAGAGAUUGCUGGAAUAUCGGGGAGAAGAUUGGGUGCCGGGAGAAUACAUUCCUCUCGGCGAAACGGAUGGACUGCCCGGUCGACAAAAUGAACAGAGGGAGAAUCAAUCCGAAGCCACCAAUCUUGUCCGAGCUCACACGAGCAAGUGGGGAACUCUCAGAAGGCGGGUCAAGACAGGAGGAAUGGUACACGCGGCGUUUGGAGCGGACGAAAGAGCUCGCCGAGGGGAGAAUCGUCCAUCUCAAGAGAGACAAGGUGGACGAUCGGAGGACAUGCGAUCCGACCAGGAGAAAUCUGGCCUGGGCCGUAGAAAGACUCAGCGUGAGACCGAAAGAGCAGAAGAUUGGGACAACAACAAUCGACAGCCACAUCUCCCUCGUCGACUCAGCGGAGGUCUGCAGGGCUUGCCCGGCGGUGGAGGCAAUUCUGUCCUCUCUUCCUUGUUACAAUUGUACAACCAGACCCACGGAGGUGACUCGGAAGCAACUUCAGCUGCAACCUCCGCAGCACCCUCUGUCGCUUCAUCUCGAGCUACAUCAGAGGAUGAAGACAGUAGCGACGGUGACAGUCCAAAGCGGCAGAAACCAGCCACUCAUCCUCAAGGGGAGAAGAAAGCUAUGGGAGAGCUCGAAAAGAUCAUCUCGCCCAGUCACGGAGAAGAAGGCGUCAUCCGAUCCCCCCUCGAGACCGUCGCAUCGGAUGAGAUCAGACCCGAGGGACAAACUUACUCUCCCUUCGUGCCCCCGAAUACCAACUCGUCGUCCUAUGUUGGCCAAAAUUCAGGGCAGACAACGCCAGGUUCGACUCGCCUCCUCGACUACUUCAGAUCGGCGAAGAACGAGGUGGUGGAAAAGAUUGAGGACGCAGAUCGACCUGAUGCCGCCAAGUCUGGAGCUGGAGUUGUCGGCGCGCUCAUUGCAAGCGUGGCCAAUGUCUCUGGUGUAGCGACUCCGGCGGCUUCUGCCCUCGUACCUGCCGCUAGGCGAUCGGGUUUCCAGCUGGAGAGAUUUUCGUUGCCAGAAGCUGAUGAGAGUCCCCUUCAAGCUCCCUCACGUACCCACUGGCGACCCGCAUCCGCUGCUUCCACCAGAAACAAUUCUCGACCUGGAUCUGUCCAUUCGUCCACUGCCGUAUCUGGUGCGACGAGUCCCGAGGAAAAAUCACGAACCCGGUCGAGUUCAGACGCUCUGGUGAAUGGCGAGGAUGGUUCUGGCAAUGCUUCCUAUCGCAAAGAAGGGAGGAGACCCAAGGCUUUUGAUUCGCAUGGACUCGGAAAGCUGCCUGGAGCAGCCAUCUCGGCUCCUGGUCAUGCGUUGAAAUCAGCAGAAAAGUGGAUCGCUGCGAAGACCCCCCUGACUACCCCUCCCGGAGAAUUCUUCGGGAAUUACAUGGACAAGCCGUUGACUGAAGAAGAGAAGCGAAAGAGAGAUUGGGACAGGGAGAGACGAAAGAAGCACAAGGCAAAGAAGGCGAGAAAGAAGCAGGAAAUCUUUAUCGUCCAACAUGUUGCCGCUGUAUUGGCAAGACAGCAAUUCAUCCUCAAGCUCGCUCGAGCUUUGAUGAUGUUUGGAUCACCGUCUCAUCGUCUCGAGACACAAAUUCAAGCUACAGCGAGAGUGCUCGAAAUCAACGCUCAAGUCAUUUGUCUACCAAAUGUGAUGAUGAUCUCUUUCAAUGACGAAGCGACACAUACGUCCGAGACCAAAUUCUUGAAGCAGUCUGCGGGUAUCGAUCUCGGCAAAGUCUUGGCCACUCACAAUCUCUACUGGGAUGUCAUUCAUGACCGGAUCUCUGUCGAUCAAGCCAGUAAAGAUUUGGACAUUCUCAUGACUUCAAAAGUCUAUUACAACUGGUGGCAGACGCUCAUCAUUGCCUCUACGUGCUCGGCGUUCAUCUGUGUCAUUGCCUACCACGGGUCAUUCAUUGAUGCCCUCAUGUCGAUGCCACUCGGAAUGCUUUUGAUCGCUGCGCAAAUGCUGUCGGCGAGGAAUGAUCUCUUCAGCAAUGUAUUCGAGAUCGCUAUCGCAACUCUUAUCUCCUUCCUGGCUGCGGCUCUGGCAUCAACUGGCAAAUUUUGUUACACCGCAUUGGUCUCUGGCGGCGUCGUAUUGAUUCUCCCUGGAUAUAUUGUCCUGACUGGCUCUCUCGAAUUGGCAUCACGCAACAUCGUUUCCGGCUCCGUCCGUAUCGGUUACAGUGUCAUCUACUCUCUAUUCCUGGGCUUCGGUCUGUCGAUAGGAGCAGAGUUUUGGACAAAGUUCACAGGCGACGCGGUCAAGGGCGGUAGUCAACUGUACUGCGAGUCUGCCCAUGCCGAUGCCCCUUGGUACCGGGCGACUCCUUCUCCAUAUUGGUGGUUCCUAUGUUGUCCAGGGUUCUCCAUGGCACUUGCACUGAGGAAUCAACAGCCUCUCCUUGCCAAGGAAUUGCCCAUCAUGGUCGCGAUCGCAGCAAGCGGCUGGUGUGCCAACCAUUUCUCCUCGCUAGCUUUCCCCGGCCGAGCUGAUAUGUCAUCUGCCAUUGGCGCUUUCGUCGUGGGAACGUUGGGCAGUCUCUAUGGUCGACUCGCUCGCGGAGCCAACUUCCCAGUCACCGUCGUCGGUAUCUUGUUCCAGUUGCCAUCUGGUCUUGCCAAUGGAGGUAUCUUCAAUUUUGCCCAAGAAUCCACUAGCGGCAAUUCAAAUGCUUACUCGGACGGAUUCCAAGUCGCAGAACAGCUCGUUUCCGUUGCGAUCGGUCUAACCGUCGGUCUCUUUGUCUCAGCCGUGGUGACGAACCCACUUGGAGGAUCUCGAAGGACAGGAUCUGGUAUCUUUUCCUUCUAA